UUUCAUAUCAACCAGUUCACGCCGUCCGCUGCUAACAAAAUGUCGCGACCAAAGCAGCUCCAACAUCAGCUUCAGUUUCACUUGCUGCUCCUCAUCGUGCUCAUCGGGCUGCUGCCAUCGAUAGACGCUCGACCCCAGGACAUCAUCCUGGAUGCCACACAGCUGGAUGCAACACAGGCAACGGCGCCCACAUCGCCAGCCCUCAAUGUGCCAUCGGAUCUCAGCGUUGGCCUCAAUCUGGUGCCCGUCAGCAGUCUGAUCGCCGCUGCAGCAAAUGCCGAGCCGCCUGCGCCGAUUCAAUUCGUGCGCAUUGCCAUGAAUAGUGGACUGUAAGCAGCGGCCGACAGGUGGCGCCAGCAGUCUGCACUACUCAUUUAACUUGUAUUUAAUUUAAUGUUUUUUUUUUGUAUUCCCCUCAUUUUUU